AUGAAACAGCCUGUUGGCUUUGUUCAUCCACAAUUUCCUCAUCAUGUUUGUCGAUUGAACAAAGCACUUUAUGUCUUAAAGCAAGCCCCUAGGUCAUGGUUCCAUCGAUUCACUUCUUUUAUUCUAAGUACUGGAUUUCAAAAUAGCUUGUCUGAUCCCUCUCUUUUUAUUUAUAAACAUAACUCAGACAUUGCUACUCUUCUACUAUAUGUUGAUGAUAUUCUCCUCACUACCUCUUCUACUACUUUACUUCAAUCUUUAAUUCAGAAUCUUAAAUCCGAAUUUUCAAUGAAUGACUUAGGAUUAGUUAAUUAUUUUCUGGGUGUUUCUAUAACUGCUUGUGAUGGAGGUUAUUUUCUAUCUCAGUCCAAAUACGUGAAAGAGCUCCUUGGUCGUGCAAAUUUGCUUUCUUCCAAACCAGUUUCAACUCCUCUUUCUCCUAAGUCUCUACAACAUUCGGAUGAUUCUUCCCCUUUUUCUGAUCCCACACUUUAUAGAAGUCUUGUUGGUGGUCUUCAAUACUUGACAUUUACCCGUUCAGACAUUGCCUUUGCAGUUAAUCAAGUAUCUCAAUUUAUGCAUUCUCCCUUAGACAUCCACUAUACUGCUGUAAAAAGAAUUUUGCGAUAUUUGCAUGGUUCACUGAAUCAUGGUUUAUUUAUUCCUAGGGGUUCUAUUGACAGUUUACACUGCUAUAGUGAUGCAGAUUGGGCUAGUUGCUCUAUAACUCGUCGAUCCACUUCGGCCUACUGUAUCUUUCUUGGCCCGAGUCUUAUUUCAUGGUCCUCCAAGAAGCAGAAUGUUGUUUCCCGAUCAAGUGCUGAAGCUGAAUAUCGUGCAGAACUUCAUGUUUCUUCUUCUUCUUCGCCUUCCACAAUUUUCUGUGACAAUAUUAGCAGCAUAUAUUUGGCACAAAAUCCUGUUCAACAUGCUCGUACCAAGCAUGUCGAGAUUGAUAUUCAUUUUGUUCGUGAAAAAGUUGCCGCUGGUAUUCUUCGAGUUCAUUAUGUCCCUAGUCAAGAUCAACUUGCAGAUUUAUUAACCAAGGCACUUCCUUCACCGCGGUUAUUGGUUUUGCGCAACAAGCUCUGCAUUCUUCCAGACCAUGUAUCGCUUGAGGGGUGA